AUGGAGAAGAAAACAAUUCUAGAAGAACUUCUUUUAAAGAAGUCACAACAGAAGAAAAAAAUAUCACCAAUUAACUACAAGAAAAGGUUGUUUGUUCUGACGAAAGCAAGCCUUUCUUAUUAUGAAUAUGACAAAGGGAAAAAAGGAAGCAAAAGGGGAUCAAUUGAGAUUGAGAAAAUCCGAUGUGUUGAGACAGUGAAUCUUGAGGAAUCAACACCUCCUGCAAGACAAUAUCCUUUUCAGAUUGUGUACAAGGGUGGACUUCUUUAUGUCUAUGCCACUAAUGAAGAGAGCCGGGAGCGGUGGCUUGCAGCUUUGCAUAAAGAAAUUAAAGACAAUUCUGAUUUACUAAACAAGUACCAUAAAGGAUUCUUCAUCAACGGGAAGUUUCUCUGUUGCAACCAGACCUGUAAAGCAGCCCCUGGAUGUACAAUUUGGGAGAAAUUUGUGACUCUGUGUUGUACAACUGAGUCUGUGAAACCACUGCCUCCAUUCCCUCAAACACUGCAGAAGCAUAGAAGCCUGCCUCAGGUGCUAUCAUCAGACAAGUCAGUCCUGAACAUGGCUGUGGCCCAAUGCAACUAUGAACCCAAAGGAAAUUCAGCUAUCCAGCUUGUCAGAAACAAUAAAUACUAUGUAUUGCAAGAGGAAGAUUCUGACUGGUGGAAAGUAAGGGAUUUGGAAGGGAAUGAAGGUUUCAUACCAAGCGCUUACUUGAGAAAGUUAUCUCUGGAUGAUGAUGAGCCAAGUUGGUAUGCUGGUAAUAUCUCCCGUGCCCGGUCUGAGCAGCUGCUCCGUCAGAAGGGGAAGGAAGGUGCUUUUGUGGUUCGGAAUUCUAGCCAAGCAGGAAUGUAUACUGUGUCUGUAUUCAGCAAGGUUCCUGAAAGUAAAAAAGGAACAGUCAAACAUUACCAUGUACACAAAACCCCUGAGAACAAGUAUUACCUCUCUGAAAAAUAUUGUUUUGAAUCAAUUCCCAAGCUUAUACACUACCAUCAGCACAACUCAGCCGGUAUGGUGACAAGGCUCCGGCAUGCAGUGUCUACACAAGUAAAUAAAGUUCCAUCCACAGCUUCAUUAGGAAAUGGAAUCUGGGAGCUGAAACGAGAAGAAAUUGUCCUGUUGAGAGAGCUAGGGAGUGGUCAGUUUGGAGUGGUGCAUCUGGGAAAGUGGAAGGGACAAUAUGAUGUGGCCAUAAAGAUGAUUAAAGAGGGAGCGAUGUCAGAAGAUGAAUUCAUAGAAGAAGCUCAGACCAUGAUGAAACUUAAUCAUCCCAAACUUGUUAGACUGUACGGCGUAUGCUCAAAAUCAUAUCCCAUCUAUCUAGUGACGGAAUACAUGCCUAAUGGCUGUUUGCUUAGCUACUUAAGGAGUCAUGGGAAGGAACUACAACCCCUUCAGCUUCUGGAAAUAUGUUACGAUGUCUGUGAUGCUAUGGCAUUUCUGGAGAGCUGUCAGUUCAUACACAGAGAUUUGGCUGCUAGGAACUGUUUGAUUGACAGCAAUCUUACUGUGAAAAUAUCUGAUUUUGGGAUGACUAGGUAUGUUCUGGAUGACCUUUAUACAAGUUCACUAGGAAGCAAGUUUCCAUUGAAGUGGUCAGCACCAGAAGUUUUUCAUUACACCAAAUUUAGCAGCAAGUCAGAUGUAUGGGCCUUUGGUAUUUUAAUGUGGGAGGUGUUCACUUUGGGAAAGCAGCCCUAUGAGCUUUAUGAUAACAUCCAGGUGAUUGAGAAAGUUUCUCAAGGAUACAGACUUUAUAGACCACAGCUGGCUUCAGACAUCAUCUAUCAGAUAAUGUACAACUGCUGGCAUGAGCUACCAGAAAAGCGCCCUGCCUUUUAUCAGCUCUUAUCAUUUUUCGAGGCACUGAGAGAAGACAACAGAGCUUGA